AUUGAGUCAGAAUUCAAACUCCCCGGCUUCCCAAAACGAUGCAUCCGCCUUCCCGCCUGCUGGUCCUCCUCCACGCCGGCGCCGUCCACCCGCCGUCGUUCCGCGUCCUUCUGAAGCUUCACGCGCACCACCUCGUCUCCGGCCUCCUCUCCUCCCACUCCACGUCGCCCUUCAUCGACCGCCUCGUCGCCGCCUUUGCCCACUCCGACCCCGCCUCUCCGCGCCCGCUUCUCCACGCGCUUGCCAUCCUCGCUUCCCUCCCAUCCCCGCCGGACUCUGCAUUCCCCUACAAUGCCGCCUUCCGCGCGCUCUCCCUCUGCCCGCAUCAACACCUCGUGGACCGCCACUGCCUCCCGCUCUACCGCGCCCUCCUCCACUCCGGUUCCGCGCGCCCCGAUCACCUCACGUUCCCGUUCCUCAUCAAGGCCUGUGCGCGCCUGCAGUACAGAUCGUACGGUGCCGCGGUUCUUGGGCAUGUGCAGAAACUGGGGUUCAGCGCUGACGUCUUCGUGGUGAACGCCGCGAUGCAUUUCUGGUCUGUUCGUGGGCCCAUGGCUUUCGCCCGAAGGUUGUUCGACGAAAGUCCAGUCAGGGACGUGGUCUCGUGGAACACACUGAUUGGUGGGUACGUGAGGAGUGGCCUCCCGCGGGAGGCGCUAGAGUUGUUUUGGAGGUUGGCGGAAGACGGCAAUGCAGUGAGGCCUGACGAGGUCACGGUGAUCGGAGCAGUGUCGGGAUGUGCACAGAUGGGGGAUUUGGAGCUAGGGAAGAGGCUGCAUGAGUUUGUGGACAAUAAAGGGGUGAGGUGCACGGUGAGGCUGAUGAACGCGGUGAUGGAUAUGUAUGUCAAGUGUGGCAGUUUAGAGUUAGCAAACUCGGUGUUUGAAAGGAUCAGUAACAGAACUGCUGUUUCUUGGACAACCAUGAUCGUGGGGCAUGCGAGGCUGGGGAUGAUGGAAGAUGCACGGAUGUUGUUCGAUGAGAUGCCUGAAAGGGAUGUAUUCCCAUGGAAUGCUCUGAUGGCUGGUUAUGUACAGAAUAAGCAGGGCAAGGAGGCUAUUGCACUGUUUCAUGAGAUGCAGAAAUCAAAGGUGGAUCCUAAUGAGAUCACCAUGGUUAAUCUCUUAUCUGCUUGCUCGCAGCUAGGAGCAUUAGAAAUGGGGAUGUGGGUCCACCAUUACAUUGACCGACAUAAACUUCAUCUUAGUGUUGCACUUGGUACAUCUCUGGUGGACAUGUAUGCAAAGUGUGGCAACAUCAAGAAGGCAAUCUGUGUUUUCAAUGAAAUCCCAGUUCAAAAUGCACUCACAUGGACCUCAAUGAUAUGUGGUCUUGCAAAUCAUGGACAUGCUGAUGAGGCCAUAGAAUACUUCCAGAGAAUGAUAGAUCUUGGAUUGCAGCCAGAUGAGAUAACAUUUAUAGGGGUUCUGUCAGCUUGUUGCCAUGCCGGUUUGGUUGAAGCAGGUCGUCAAUUUUUCUCCUUAAUGCAUGCAAAAUAUCACCUUGAGAGGAAAAUGAAACAUUAUUCAUGUAUGAUAGACUUGCUAGGCAGAGCAGGGCAUUUGGAUGAAGCAGAACAGCUUGUGAACGCCAUGCCUAUGGAUCCUGAUGCAGUAGUUUGGGGUGCUCUUUUCUUUGCUUGUAGGAUGCAUGGUAAUAUAACUCUUGGUGAGAAGGCAGCAAUGAAAUUGGUAGAACUUGACCCAAGUGAUAGUGGAAUCUAUGUGUUAUUGGCUAACAUGUAUGCGGAGGCAAAUAUGAGGAAGAAGGCUGACAAAGUGAGGGUUAUGAUGAGGCAUUUGGGAGUGGAGAAGGUUCCUGGAUGUAGUUGCAUUGAGCUAAACGGUGUUGUUCAUGAAUUUAUCGUGAAAGAUAAGUCUCAUUUGGACACUAAUGCAAUUUAUGACUGCUUACAUGAGAUCACAUUACAAAUGAGGCAUAUUGCAAACCUGAUUGACAUUUCCGAAAGUGGCUCACAUAUUUAGUUCAGAAACUAUAUCUAAUUAUAUAAAAUGGUAUGUUCAGUUGUAUCACAUAAUUAAAUUGUGAUGUGUGUCAGCUGCCAGGCAAUAAGCCUCUCACUGUCAUCAAUCAUGUUAUGAAAUUCUGUCCUAUCAGUGACUCUGAAGGGAAUACCAGAAAUCAGAAGAUUGAAGAUGUUGGGAUGUAAUUCCUGGACUUGGAGGCACAUCCUGUCCCAAAAGUAGUCUCAUUUGCGUUUCUCAACUGUGCCGUUGCUGCCUGCAGCGUGCUGGUAGCAUGGAGUUGAGGACUCGAGGCUUCCCCGAGGCACCACAGAAGGUCACAAGGUUUUAAUCGCAUAGGUGUCGAGGUGUACCGCUAGUGCCAGAGGACACUAACAACGCCUCAAAGACCAUGAGUUAAACUAAUUUGAUAUUGUAGAUGUUGAUUCAUUUUCUAUAAACUUGGUCAUAGUUAGAGAAGUUUGACUUAGAGGAAAAGUGAACUAUAUGUUGGAACAGAGAGAGUAUGUAUAUACAUAUAUGCAAUGAAGUGGCAAGAUUGCUUUGAAAAUUUCAGUGAUACAACAUUAGCAACAUGUAAGAGUGCACCUGUAAAAUUUCCUAUGUUAUAUGACCGAAUGGUAGUUAUUGUCA